UAUGCCCUCUAUUUCCCAGGUUCUUGGUUUUGGUACCAUGCAACUUCAUUUGUCAAGUGGAGAAAAAAUACAAAUUCCAAAAGUUAUUAGAAAUGCCGUGAGUGCUAGAAUCAUUGCAAAUUACCUAGAGUAUUGCAAGGAAACAGAGUUCCAAACUUUCAGCCGUGCAUCUUUGUACAGAAUCAUGAAAGCCUGUCGAGCAUCAAAAAGGAAAGCAAUGCAUCCGUGGACUUGACAAUACUACAGCACUUGGAAUGAAUGCCAUGGAGUCAUUACAGAAGGUUGUAACAAGACUUGGGGAAUAUGGAUUGGAUAUGGAGAAAAAAGACACUCUGAUUGAUAUGAUCAACAUCUGUAAUCAGCACUUGAAAUUUGAUGUGAAAAGCCAUUUCAGCAGAAGUUCCUCAUGCAGUAAUCAUUGUACAAUGUUUGCCCUGAGUGAUCCAACAGACACAUGCUUUUCUAGUAACUGUGAUCAUGACCAUUCAGACAUUUGCUCAAAUUGUGUUUUGACACACAAACUUACAGAGGGCAUCACUGAAGCCACUAAAACAGUCAGAAUACCAUCUGAGGAUUUGAUGGAGGAAUUGCAGCAUGAAAUUACCAUGGAAACAAAAGCCAUCAAGGACUGGAAGGCUCAUCUUCUUAGAACCGUGCACCAAGACUUUGCAAGAUCAGACAUCCUACAACACCUUGAAUCAAACCAGGGAUUUCUUAUAAUGGAUUGGGCCAUGAAGUUUCUACCCCUCCAGUACAGGGAAACACAGUCAGACUUCUUUGGAAAAAAGGGCAUUAGCUGGCAUAUUUCAUGUUUAAUUACCAAGAAGAGUGACCCUGAACCAACAGCUAGCAUCUUGUCAGACCAUCUUGACUUGAACACCUAUAUCCAUAUCGGAUCCUUGAGAAUGGUACUCAAGGUUGGUUUUCCGUUGCUCAUAUUAUUAGACACCUUCUUUUGACUCUAUCAGUGCAGUUUCCAAACCUGAAAGAGAUCUACAUGAAGACAAACAAUGCUGGUUGCUAUCACUGUACACCACUAAUCUCCUUUAUCAGUCAGAUCGAAUCACAGUCAUUUUCCUAUUACCAUCAAGGAGUUCAACUUCAGUGAAGCACAGUCUGAAAAAGAUCUUUGUGACAGUAAAACUGGUUCCUGUCGAAUGCAUGUGGCUAGAUUUCUGAAUGAGGGAAAUGAUAGUCUUUCUGCCUCAGACUUGAAGAGAGCCUUAGAAAGUAAUAAUGGAUUGAAAGGAACAAAGACCUGUGUUAUCUCCAUUGACAAUGCAGAGGAGCCAAAGAUAAAAUCCAAAAUUUCUCAGAUUAGCCUUCUGAACAAUUUCAGAUUUGAUGUGGAUUCAGUUAUUGCAAAAAGGGCAUAUCAGAUUGGUUGUGGAUGCCUUAUUGAGACUAAUACUUUAAAGGAUCAGCAUCUUAAUGUUGGAGAAAUGAAUGGUUUUGAGGUGUUAGAAGAAUUUCCAUCUCAUGCAGUUGAUGUUGGGCAAGUCUGUGUUAGAAUGAGGAACCCAAACAUUCAAAAUGAAAUGGAGGAGGAACAGGACCAGGAUCAGGACCAGGGGCCCCUGAAUAAUGAUUUGUAUGCAUGUCCAGAUCCCUAUUGCCAGAAACAGUAUGUGAGGUCUGCUAACCUUGAGAAACAUCUAGCAUUAGGCAAUCACCUUUACAGGAAAGCUGAAGAGACCGGAAUUGAUUGUGGCAUCAAAAUCUGGGUUGAGAAGUGUUCUGCCAUCCGAGAGAAAUAUGCUCACAUUUGUGAGACAGUGUUGUCUCAGAGUUGUGAUACAGGUAUCUUUUCCCAAAGUUCAGGAGGAUGGGCAUUGAAAUCUGUUGCUAAAUGCAAUAGGUUCUCCUUAAAUGUUAAGGAGUAUGUAAAGAAGAUUUUUGAAAGCUGUGAAAAGACAGGAAAACGGCCGAAUUAUGCAGCUCUAAGUGGAGAACUUCAAAAAGCUUGUGAUGAAAAUGGACAGCGCCUUUUUAGACCAUUUGAGUGGCUAACAGCAAAUCAACUGAGAAACUUGUUUGCAUCAUAUAUUAACAACAAGAAGAAAAAUUAUAGGGACAGACAGAUUCUUUUAGUGGAAGUUCCAGAAACAGAUGAACAUCUUCAAGAAAUUGUUAUGAAUCUUAAGGCAGAAGAACGUCAGCAGACUGUAUCUGACAUGUAUGAAAAUGUGUUUUAUGCAGCAAAUACUUAAUUUACCUUUGGAUAUCUCUGUGGCAACCUGUAUAACAUGCAUUUACAUGGAAAUUAUCAAUGUUUUAUACUUUAAGAUAUUUGUAAAGGUGAAAAAUUCCAUGUUUUAAAAAAAAUACACUCAGUAUCUGUAUUUUAGCAUGAAUGUAUUUCUUAUUACAUUUGGUAUUUAUCUUUUAUGAUUGUGUGAGCAUGGCAACUUACAGGUUACGUUAGUCCAAUGAUUCAUUUCAUUUAUAGAUAAGUUAUAUAUAAAAGAUUAUUAUCAGUUCUAAAUAGACACCACCAAAAGUUAACUCUCUGAAGGUUCAAUGCACUGUCAGUAAUAUAUUUAGGUUUUCUCUGGAAAUUAAACAAAUGCAAAUGAUUGUAUUUCCUUGGAAACAAGUUUUUUUAUUUUAGUAACAAAUUUUAUUCUAGUAUUUGAAAAUAUUGGAAUUAAUAUUUGCAAAGCUUAUUUUAGAGUAAUAACAUUUAAUUUAGUAUUCUCUGUUAAAACCAUAAAGCAUAAGAAUUUUUUUUACCUUCUUCAAAGAAAGUGAUAAAAGUCCAAAAUGAGGAAAAACAACAUGCAGUUUGAAGUUUUUAUGAAUAACAGUAAUAUACGUAAUGUACUUAUAUGAUGGCGUUAUUAAUGACAACUUGUAUUUCCUGUUUUGAAAUAUUCAAAGUUAAUUUUUAUUAUUUUUUGCUGUAUAAAUUGUCAAAAUAAUGCUGUGAUAUUUCAGAACAUUUCUGGUAUAGAUUUAAAUGAAUUGAAUGUUAGCCAUUUUAACGUUUUUUUUGUAAAAAUGAAAAUACCAGUCUUAUUGGUGACCUCAUAUCUGACAUAUAUUAUAGAGUCCAAAGUCAAAUUUUUUAUAUUGUACUAUUCAUGGUCUGUACUUAGAGGUGUAAUUGCAAUAAAAGAAAUUGAAGCGUUUACAGACCCCAAAUUAAUGCUUUGUAAGUUGGUAAAAUUUGAACAUUUCAUUAAACGUAGCAAUUUGAAAAGUUUAUGACCUUUUUGUACUUCAACUAGAUAAGUUCUAUAUAAAUGUACCUCCCCAGAUGAUAUGCUAGACAACAUGCUUUUACCCCCUAUAACUAGUUUCUAUGCAUGUAUUAUCACUGUUAGUUGAGAGGUCCUGAAAUAUGUGUAGAUUUCAUGAUUUUUGUUCCCAUUUUUGACCCCUUGUUCUAUUUUUAGUAACAUGCCUUUUACUCAUGAACUAUGCCAACCAUGACAAAAACAUAUGUUGCAAAUUUUAUGGCAUAUUGAUACUAUGUUGCACACCAAAAUUGAUAUCGAUACAUCAACCAUGCUUGUGGACUCUUUUGCAUGACUUUCUCUGAGAUGCUCACUUUAAAAUUUCAUUUGCUCAUUAGAAAUGCAUUUCUAAAACAUUGUAGAUAAUAAAAACAGAAAGAUUUAACGAGCAAUAUCAUGACCAUGCCUGUUUAACAUCAAAACAACGUAACUGCGUGUGGAUGAAGUUGUAUUUUUCUUAGUUGCUUUUAUUUAAUUUUAAAAUGGUUAAUCAUAAAAUGUGACUUAACUUUUGUAUGUGCUUCAAAACGAGAGAGAGAGAGAACGUUAGUUUAGGUAUAAGCAAUGAUCCAGCUCAUCUCUAUCUCUUCAUCUGACAACCGUACCUGAUUAAUCUUACAUAAGAAGAUUUAUUUAAAAUUUAAACAUCAAGAUCAUUUUUGAAAAAAAAAAUCACCAAAUGGCCAUCCCACCUUUAGCUUCUAGAUUUACCUGCAUGUGUUCGACGCAGAUGCAUACCAAAAAAAAAGGUACUAACUUUACGAUUCUUCGAACAUCAGGGUUUCUCUCGAAAACAAAACUAAUUUUCAAGAAUACGAGCUAAAUGCACAAAACUUGAGAUUCCUAAUAUAAUGAUUGCAUCAUCGUGGGAUUUCGUGAUAAUUGAAACAACAAAAGGGCAGACCAGGCGCGAGCAUUGCAUUAUUACACAUAAUGCAAUAUUGUCAUGGGUCAUCACAGUGCAGUUGCAUGCAUGUUCCCAAAAAAAAAAAUUGGGAAUAUCACCCAAGACUGCAUAUUCACGGGACACGUUUUCCUCCAU